AUGCAAGAGGUGACUGUUGGGGGCAGCGCAAUUUGGGAUCGUCAGUCAGUCCUGCUGUACUCAUUGCAGUCCGCUAAUGUUCUACUAGGGGGCGCCUCACCUGCACCAUCUAGCGUAGGUUCUGCGGUCGACGACCUUGCGCCCUUUGCGACACUCUUGACCGACGAAGAUCGUGAACGCAAAGCAGAAGCCUCACCACCAGGAACCUUCAACGUGAUUGUGAAUCCAGAUUCCUUCAACCACCUGGCAGAAUAUAUCGCUGAUGGUGCCGAGAGCAAACGAAGCGAAGCUAUGGAGCCACGACGAGCAUCUAUUGCCACCUCCCUCGCAAGCAGUCUUGGUCGCGAUUCCGUCAUGGAGGGGAUUGCUCUUGCUGGAGAUCCAAACAUCGUCAUUCUACCACGAUUCGAGGAUUCGGGCAGACGUUCGAUGCGGGACUUGAGGGCGUUCAAUCUGGAUGCUGCGACUACACGCCCAACGAUAAAACAAGAGGACAGCGACGAAGGCUGGUCAAGUCGAAGUCCUGAUCUUACAACACUACGUCAUUUUAGGGACCAUGUUUGGAAGCAGCUCAUACCCCCUGAGCACGAGCCAGAUUCUAGCAUUGAAUUGCUGGAUGAAGCUGCAGCAAAAUUCCCACCACUUACCCGUGCGAUGAUGGCAGUAGGUUCACUUGCUAUCUUUCAGCAAGACGGAAAAGAGAGAUUGGAUUCCUUGCAACAUUAUUCACAGACACUACCUGAGCUACAGGCUUCCUUGAGAAGUGAAGAAGAUUUGGCUUCAGAUGGUGCAUUCCUCACACAUUUUCUUAUGCUAAUUUAUGAGGUUGCUACAGGCGAUCUGGAGCAUCCGGAUAUAUGGGCUCGACAUAUUUCAACUCUAUUGAGGAUAGCCCUCUUGAGACGACAAAUUUUUGGUGGGGAGCGAUUUCCGUACGUUUGCUGGUGGAUUUGCAACAUCGACCUUGAAGCACUUCUAAGUGGAACAGGCUCUGGCCGAUUUGUGGGCUACAUGUUGAAGAACGAUUUAAUACCACCACCGAGUUUUCAUCUGUAUCCUCUGGGUGACGAUGGAUCGAGUGUGGUAUACUCUGAAGAAACACAAGCACUCCCCAUUGUGCUACAAUUGGACUAUCAGGUGACUCUCCAUGCCAUUCAGCUUGGACUUUUAGCCAAUGAGUUUCGAAAUGAUGCGUCAUUAGAGACAGCUGAUGUGCGGCAGAAAGCUAUGGCGAUCAAAGUUCGACAGAGUCGCAUUUCGGAAAUUCAGGAAGGUCUGCGACAAUUAUGGACCGUGCCUGCAGUACAGAGUUUAGCACAAAUGCAAUUCCCGCUGCGUGCUCAGCGACUCUUCCACCAUGCCUGGACGAUGUAUCGAGCCUGUAUGAUUUAUUCGCAUACGUCGAUGUGGCCAUGUCAAAGGACAGACACUUCACCUGAUUUCGACCCUGAGAUUACAGCAGCUGCACAACAAAUACUGCAAGUUUCCCAGGCAAUCGUGUCAACCCAAGCCAAGAGCUCGAGAUUCCUCGUCUUUCCAUUGUUCAUGGCUGGUUGGGCAAGCACAAGUGGCAAUCAGAAAUUACUCGUGCAGGAUUUGAUACAGAAACUCGAGGAGGAAAGUUUGGGAUGCAAUACGAGAACCACCCGACGCGCUCUACAAGCAGUGUAUGAACGACAGAACCAGCACUUUAUGCGCACAGGGCAGAGCUUAGAUGUCUGUUGGCUGGACGUGAUGAGGGAACAAGGAUUAACAGUAGUGAACUUUGGGUUGUAA